AUGGGCUGUGCACCCUCCGCGCAGCGUUUGGCGGGCGAGUCGGAGCGGAAGUGGAAUGGCAGUGACAGGCUGCCAGCGUUGCAGAAGAAGCCGACGGUGCCGAAGAUGGUCCGUGCGGAUUUGGAAAAGGCACGGGAGUACAAGACGGACGGCGUUAUGGCCCCCACGAAACUCCCAGCACUCGACGUCAAUCUCGCCGCGAGAAAGACGCGAUUCGAUGUAACCUCGCCAGACUUGGACAACGCCCCUACCAAAGCCAGCGCCCAGAGCCUACCGUCCGUGGGGCCCUUUACAAACAAGAUGUGGACGACGCAGGCGUCGCUCUCCACCUCCACGCAGCGGCAGUGCGGUCUGUCCGACAACGUCAGCAACCGCAGCUCGUCUCCAUCCGACGACGAGUGGAACCCGCGCGAGUUCGGGCCGCUGCUGGAGAGCUUCUGCGCCGACGCGACACACCGAGGCGCAGACCCGUACGCGAGCUUUCGCACCGGGCUGGACAAAGACGAGGGCGAUGGUUUUUACCUCCACUUUCUGCAGGUGAACGGUGGGGCAGCCGUCGCGGCACAGCGGGCCAUCUCGGCUAUGGAGCUCAUCCGCCACGCCUCCUGCGACGACCCACGCACUCGUUUCUUGAUGGGGGGACUGAACACCCCUGCCGGUGCCCUCGCAGACGCGUUGAGCCGCUCCCCGACCACUUCACCCGGCCUGGGAGACGAACGGCAAGCGCAGCAGCAGCGGAAGAGUUGUUACGUGGCCGCGCGGGAACUGGGCCCGGUAGACGCGGACAAAUACAUGGACGCCCUCUACCAGCACUCCCGAGAGCGGGAACGCACGCACUUCUUUAUUGACCCCGACGGAGAAAUCCGCCGGCUCUACCACACCGAAGGCUGGCACACUCUCUGCUCCACAAAGCGGCGGCAGGAGCUGCUGCACCACCGAUCGAGCUCCUCCGACAGCAGCGGGCACCACAAGGGACAUCGCUCGCGUACAGCCAGUGCGGACACCAGUAGCAAGAGCAGCCACAGCCCGCUUCACCCCGCCACUGCCGCCGUUGGACAGCCCGCCGCGGCUGCGGCAAAUAACUUCGCCGCUGUCGGUAACUACUCUCCGUCAGAGCAGCGAGGUGGGUCAGCCUCGCAGCAGCGCAGCUCCCGCUUCAGCAAUUCCGACAUACUGAAGGCGAUCACUGACCUGUCGUACAAGGUGGUGCCGUCACCUGGCAAAGGCAGCGACGGUGCACAGGGCUAUCAGCAAGGCAAGGGCAGCCCCGAGCCCCAAAAGCCGGCCGCGGCUCCUCCGUCGGGGUCACCGAGGGGGCCCAAACGCAGAGACUCCCAACUGCGCAGAGACUCGCCGCGGCGCAAGGCGACCUCUUUGGAGAUGCCUCUGACGGAGAGCACGGCCUCCAUGUCGCUCGGCUCCGGACGGGCAUCGACGCUGCCGGGCUCGCGUACCGGCACGGACUUUUUCAGCCAAGCCUUUGGCGGCGCCGCUGGGGAUCCGACAGCGCACCUUGAGGAUCCUACGUUCGCUGGAACGACGCCACCUUCGCGCGUGCUGCCGCACUUCUCGCCCAUUCUCGUGCGACCAGAGGGUGACUUCCCCGGCGGGGGCUCACGACGGUGCUCCUUUAACUCGUUGAGGCGUGAGGGCGAUGGCGCGGGCGGCAACUCACCGGAGAUGACGUCACCGCGUCGUCGCCAGUCGUCGCGGCGAGUCAGCUUCUCUGAAGGGACGCGCUACUUCAAGAAGGAUCCGUUUUAUAUCGCCCCUCGCACAGAGAAGGAGUCCGAGUACAGGGAAUUCACACCGCCCGAGCAGCACCUGCGCACCCCGCCGGCACCGCCUCCGUUAGAAACGGUAGCGGUGGUGGCGUCAACGAGUCCGACUGCCGCGGUGGCCUCGCCGCGCCCCGACACCUCCGCCAGCUAUGCGCAGCUGACGCUGUUGAAGGAAAAGAUGACGCAGAGCCGUGAGCGCAACGUGGCCUCCCCUGUGUAG